CCGUCACGUGACAGCUCCGGGGCUCCGAGCUGGCGUUCUAGUUUAGUAGUCGUCUCGUUGGCGGACGCUGCGGCUGUGUCAGCGCAGGGCGGCGGGCGGGAGGCUGACGUGACACGGUGUGGUGGAUCCCGGGGACUGGACUGAGCGGAUUUUGAUGGGCUGAGAGCGCUGAGCGUGGGGAGUGAGAGGCCGGAGCGGGACUGCUCCCCGCACCCUGACGGCAGGCAGCAUGGUUGAAUACGCUGUGGAAUACGACUAUGAUGCGGUACACGAGGACGAGCUGACUCUGCGGGUCGGGAACAUCAUCAAAAAUGUCAAGAAGCUGGAUGAGGAGGGUUGGAUGGAAGGGGAUCUCAAUGGCAAACGAGGGGCUUUUCCUGAUAACUUUGUUAAGGAAAUUAAGAAGGACGCCGAACCAAAGGAGGAGCCUAUACCUAAGAGGGAAAAGUCUGGAAACGUCGCCAGCCUGGUGCAGCGGAUGAGUGUGAUCGGGAUUCCUGGCAUGGGACCACCGCCGCCUCCAAACAAGUCCCUCAAGAAAAAAUCCAAGAAAAGGCAAUGUAAAGUGGUAUUCGAAUACAUUCCACAGAACGAGGACGAACUGGAGCUUAAAUUGGGAGAAGUCCUGGAAAUCACCGAGGAGGUCGAGGAAGGCUGGUGGAGUGGGACCAGUAAUGGACGAUCGGGGCUGUUUCCAUCCAACUUUGUGAAAGAACUGGAGCUGUCCGACGACGGAGAGAGUCAGGAAAGCUCUGAAGACCCAGCAGAACCUGCAGCUGCCUCUGUCGCCUCCCCUGCAUCUCCCAUCAUUUCUCCAGCCGUUAACCCCGAAGUGCCUCCUCUGUCUGUGGCACAGCCAAAGAAAGUCAUGGGAGUCGGUUUUGGAGACAUUUUCAAAGAAGGCUCUGUGAAGCUUAAAACGCGGAUACCCAACCCUGAACCCGACAUGAAAAAGCCUGAGAAGCCAUUACCUACUCCAACGCCACCGACAAAAGUAGCUCGCACUUUAAGUUCAGAGCCCUCCAGGACAGAAACAGACAGCAGACCUAAAGCCAAAGAGAUGUGUCGGGCGCUGUACAACUACGACGCGACCAAUGAUGAUGAGCUUAGUUUUAAAGAUGGUGACAUCAUCCACCUAAUAAGUAAGGACACAGGAGAUCCGGGCUGGUGGAGAGGUGAGCUCAACGGAAAGGAAGGAGUUUUUCCUGACAACUUUGCUGCUAUAAUCCAAGAUUCUGAAAAGGAAAAGCCAAAGAAGCCCCCGCCACCUACAAAAAGCCCGGUAGUGCCAAAGCCGGAGCUUCAUCUAGGAGAGAAGAGGUUUACUCCAACAAAACCAGAAGAGAAAGAUGAAAAGCCAUCUCUGGAACCUAAGCCUUCCAAACCAGCCGCUCCUCAGGUACCUCCCAAGAAGCCCAUACUUGUAAACAAGUCAAAUAGCCUAGUGAAGCCAGCCACCAUCCCACCCAAACGACCAGAAAAGCCAGCUUUCUCCACUCCUCCAUCCAAGAUUAAUGGAGACUCUUCUCUCAGCCGGCCAAAGUCUGAGCCAGAACCGUUCAGCAAAACGAAAAUGGAUCUGGAACAUAUUCUGAGUCGACCAAAAUCUGUGGAGGUUGAGCCGAGUGCAGUGAAAAGCCCAAGAGAACACGGUCCUUCCGAAGUCAGUUUUGACGAUGUUCUCACUACCUCAGAAAACCUCACCCACCCCACUGCCAGCAGACCAAAGAUGCCCGGCAAGAGACCCCCGGGGCGUUUCAAUGGGUUGCAUUCUCCACAAAAUAAAGACUUGACUGAGAACCAAAAGGUACAUCAUGAGCAAGAGGAGGAAAGUGCCAAACCAUUGACGCCAGAAGUAAAGAAGCCAUUAGUGACCGCAGCCACCGCACCAAUAUUCUCACCCUUGUCAAUUGUGUGCAAACCCAACCUCGUCCCCUUGAGCCCUGUCGCUGCGGACUUCAAACCAAAGCUUGAUCUUGUGGAUGGAAGGAAGAACGAGGUGGAGGAAUUAAGAGCCCAGAUCAGCGAGCUGCUAACUAUAGUGGACGCGCUCAGGAAAGAACAUAGGAAUGAGCUGGAUAAAAUAAAAAGAGAUUUAGAGGAGGAAAGAAUGCGGCGGAGCGGUUUAGAGAGUGAAAUAGAGAAGCUGAAGAAGGCCAUACAGUCGUCAUGAAGCCUGGUUCCUGCAUCUUCACAGUUUAAAGUCCUUAACAGAUAGCUGGUGAUCUGUUUUUUCCACAUUCACUGACGCAUGAUUAAACCUUUUCUAUUAUAUGGACCCCCCUUUUUUUCUUUUUUUUUUUACCCAAAGACAAUUAUUUUCCUGAUAUUUUUAUUUUUUUGCCAAUAAGAUAAAUGGGGCCUUAACUUCUUACUGUGCUGGAGCCGCGACCCUCCUGUGCAUAACUGGGUUUGCUUGAAUAUACUACUGAACUUGUUUGUAAAGAGAGGGAUUUGUGUAUCAGACUUUUAUUAAAUACUUGUAAUUUUUAUAUUAAAAAACAAACCUAUGUCUAUGCUCUGAAUAAGGAGAUGUCUUUGCAAAAACAAAAAACAAAAAAAAAUGUAAUAUAGUCCUAUCAGGGGUCUCCAAAUAGCCUUGGUUCUUCGCUGGCUGAUAUUUUCCUACACUUGGAAAGGGAAAUAUAUCGGUUUUAUUUUUUAUUUUAUUUUUUUCUCUACAUUUUAGCUUUCUUUACCCAGAAUCGCCCACGGUUGUGCCUGCGCGCAGCUCGAGUAUUAAUAACAAGCUGUGUAUAAUUAGAUUUAUAUGAAAUAGUUAUAUAUAUAUAUACUGUAUGUUGGAAGCAUCUCAUAUAUGCAUUUAAAAAAAAAAAACGAUAUAUACCUGGACAUCAAGCCACUUGCACUAGGAUAUA